AGUUGGAUGGCAGGCAACUGUUGGGCUGACACGUAACUAAAGUUAAAGGUGCUGCGAAGGCCUCGGCUACAACUUCAAUUUAGACUUUUCUAUGCGUUUGACCUAUUGUCUCAGAAGAGGGAAAGUGCGACAACACGAAGCGAGGACAGCAGAAACGUGCGCGCAUCCUGUGUGUGGUCUGUAGUCAGUCAGAAGUGGACUUAUAAAGUGAAAAGUGGACGAAAACCUCAGCGGAUACUUUUUAAAGUAAUUUUGCAAAUCGUGAGUGUGCCAUGUACGCAUAAAUAAUGUAAACCACUGCGCGUGACUGACUUUACGCAAAGUUCGACCGCGGGAAUGCUCGGGGAGAGAGGAUAACGCUCUCCUCAGGCUUGACCGUGCGUGGAAAAAGUUGCGAGGGAAGUUUCUGAGGCGCAGCAGCAGAGACGGGGCUGAAAGGCGCAGACGGCGGAGGGGAAGGGUGGGGGUCCAACAUGGGAAACGGGGUGUGCUCCCGGAGGCAACGGAGGAUCUUCCAAUGCCUGUUGCUGCUGACCGUGGUGUGUGGCGUGAUGUACGGCGGCUUGAUUUCAUACGAGAUGCACAAACAGCUCAAAAGGACCGAGACCAUGGCGCUCAAGUAUCAGCAGCACCAGGAGUCACUGUCUGCGCAGCUCCAAGUGGUGUACGAGCAUAGAUCCAGGUUGGAAAAGUCUCUUCAGAAGGAGAGGUUAGAACAUAAAAAAGCCAAAGAAGAUUUUCUUGUGUACAAACUUGAAGCGCAGCAGAGCAUUAAUAAAGAAAAGUCAGAUGCCAACAGCAGAUUAAACUCUUUACAAGUUCAACACCAGAUGUUAAAGAACCAGCAUGAGGACUUGAAGAAGCAGUACUAUGACCUGCAGGAGAAGCACCAGAUCCAGGGGGAGGACCACAGCCGGCUCCUGGAUGAACACAAAGAUCGUUAUGACAAACUGCACCAGGCCAGAGAGCAGGAAGUGUCUCAGCUCAAAGAAAGUAUGUAUAACCUGAGAGAGGAGAAUAAACAGUUGAGGAAGGCCCACCAUGACAUCCACAUACAGCUCCAGGAUGCACAGGUUCAACAUCACGACCUGAAGGCAGCCCAUGACCAGCUUGCACUGACUCUGGAGGACCACAAGAGUGCGCUGGCUGCAGCUCAGGUCCAAGUGGAUCACUACAAACAGCUGAGCCUCCUAAAACAGUCUGAAAAUGUCCCGGCCCAGUCCCGCCAAGCAGCUGCCGGUGCACCUGCCUCAAACGUGGAGCCCGAGCCGCAUGCACCCAGGGAGGAGGAGCAGAGGCUACAUCAAAUGCAGCCUGCGGAGGUGUCCAAGCUGGAUCACCAACAGGACGACUCGCACGCCCAUGCCCCAGUAGCCUUGUCCCAUCCCACUGUACCCCACCAUGCACUGACCCUGACGGAGGAUAAGAACAACGAGAAGAAGGUGGAUGCAGAGGACGACCAGGAGGGAGAGGCGGAGAGGCGUAGGGAGUUGGCAGAGGAGCACAUGGCCCAGGCCGGACAACCCCAAAAACUGGAGGAGGACCAAGAGGAGGAGGAGGGGGCAGAGCAGGAGCUACCCGACGAGAACGCCAUAGAACACCAAGAGUCGCACAGGGAGUCCCACUCAGACCUCCACAUGAACCCGCACGUGUUGCCCGGUGCCCAGGUCGCGGUGGAACAAGUGAAGUCUGCAUACGAACAGCAACAGGAGCAGCAGCGUCUGGAGGCUCAGCGGGCCGAAGAGCGCCAACAGAUGCAGCUCAAACAGCAGCAGGCGCAGGCCGAGAGAGCACGCGUGAUGAGGGAGAGAGAGCAGAGACUGAGGGAGGAGCAGGAGAGAGAGAACCAACAGCACCGCGAGGCCGACCGAAGAGAGCAGAUACUCAGAGAGGAGCAGCACAGGAAAAAGUCUGAGUAUGAAAAUCUAGACAAUGACAUAGUGCAAGGUGAAGUGGAGCAUCAUAACAAUGAUGAAGAAGACCAAGACGUCCAUAUGCUGCACGAGGAUGAGGAGGAACAAGAAAAUGACGACCACAGAGUUCCAUCACAUCAACAAGUGGCAGUAGACGUAGAACCGGACCCUGAGGAUGACCCUAAUAACCAGGGUGAGGAUGAGUUUGAGGAGGCAGAGGAUGAACGAAUGCAGCACAGAGAGCCAGAGGAGGCGGUGGAGGAGGAUGAGGAGGAACCUGCAGCGCGAUCCCAGCACAGAGACACUCACCCUGGGCAUGAGCAGCCUGUGGUAGAGGAGGAGCUGGUGAUGGCAGGAAACCCUGAUCAACAAGAAGACACACUAGAUGACCAGUACCAAGAGGAGGGAGAGGAUGAGGGUCAGGAGGAGUUGGCUGAUGGUGGAAAGAGAGAAGAAGAGGCAGAGGAGGAGGGAGAAGACACAUAUAACGAGGACAACAUUGAACAGGAUGGGGAGAAAAACCAAGAGGACCCCAGAAAGGAACGUGGUCACCCAAACAACGAGGAAGAGAACUACGAGGAGGAGGAAGAGGAGGUAGAGGAGGACAACGCUAGACAGGACAAGCCUCGACGAAGAGCUGAGAUGUAGGAGACUGGGAGGACUUUUGUUGGACAUGUGUGAGACAGUGAAUAAGGACAUGUCAUAGUGCCUUUAACAGUAACACACUGUCAGAGAACCAGCCAGUCAGAAGCAGGAGUCACUGUGCCUUAAAAUAACCCGUCUUUCAAAUCUUCAGUGGAUACAUUUUAUACAGAAGAAAUAUUUUUUAGUCAUUUUCCACAAAAACUUGGAUGGAGGCCUGUCUGGAUUUGAAAAACGCACAAACAGGCAGCGAAUGUACUUAGAUUUUUGAGUUUUGUAAAAGAAAAAGUUAAAUUAUAUUAUGUCCGAUUGUUUGUCCGAAUGUUUCAAAAUGGCUUAUUCGUUAAGUGUUGGUUUACUGUGUGUCCUGGCAUUCCAAUCAAGUCUUUGUUAUUUAUUGCUGAUUGUUUGACACUGACAAUCAUGGAAAACAUUAGUAUAUUUUAGCCUUUUUCCAUUUCAGAUUUAUGUAUUCAUAGCAAGAGAACACAAGGUCUAGUAGUAGUUUACUUGGGCUCAAGUUGCCAAACCUAAUGCAGUCUUCUGUCAUUUUUAGCCUACUGUACAGCCAGCUUCAUAGUGAAAAUAAAGCUGGCUGUUUUGUACAUUUUCUAUAGUUUUAAAUAUGUUUUAUAUGUGUUUGGAUGUUUGUUACUGGAACAAAAUGUGGAAUAAAUACAAGUGGUAUGAGUUAUGUGAAGUUUAAUGUUGCCAUCGUAAAUAGU